UCGACAACUUCGGACGGAGGAGGCGGAGGGCUCUGUCGCCUCGACCCUCGCCCGACCUUGCCACCCUGGACGGAUCCUACCCUCCCUCAACGACCAAGACCAGCCCGCCUCAGCUGUAGACGCGUGCUUCAAGUUCAGAAAUCAGAACCAAGGUUCAGUUAGUUUUUCCAGUUAUUCAACCAUGUCUCUAGAAGAACAACGUAGUUGGAUGUACAGUGGGUGGAAUGAACAGGGGCGCCAUUCAGAAGAGUGGGUGCGCAACACAACAGCUUUUCUUGACCAUGUUUUUCAGAUUAUGCCUAAUGCGGACCGAUUUGGUGUGAAGUGCCCAUGCACAAAGUGUCAUAAUGGAGUCAGGCGGAAGAAACAAAUAGUCAGAGUGCACCUUUGUCAGUAUGGUUUCAUGCCAAAUUACACCAGAUGGACAUCACAUGGCGAGCGUCCAAUAGUUAGUACAACCAGAAUGGAGGAGGAUACUCACACUAGUAAUGAACCACUAGUUGAUAUGUUGGCUGACAUUAUUGGGGCCGAAACACAUUUUGAUGAUGUGGAGACCGAGCCAACAGCAUAUGCCAAGGAGUUCUACAAGAUGUUGUCUACUGCAGAGGAGGUUAUUCAUGAUCACACUCAAGUCUCUCACCUAGUUGCUGUCACACGUCUAAUGGGAAUAAAAUCACAACAUAAUUUACCAGCAGAUUGUGUGAACAUCAUCCUAGGCCUACUUGGGGACGUGUUGCCUAAGGGACAUAAAAUGCCUGCAAGCUUUUAUGAGUGCAAGAAUAUGUUGGGUGUCCUUAAGAUGCCAUAUGUGAAGAUUGAUGUGUGCACCAAUAAUUGCAUGUUAUACUACAAGGAAGAUGAGACGAAAGAGAAGUGUGAUAUUUGUGGAGAAAGUCGGUAUGAAGUUGUUGAGGGGGGAAAGCUCAGAAAUAAAACAUAGCCGUAUACCUCGCAAAGUGAUGCGCUACCUUUCUAUCACAGAGAGGUUGCAGAGGAUGUAUAUGUCGGCUGAGCUUGCGAAGCACAUGCGGUGGCACAAAGAAGGAGAACGCUCAUACCCAGCAGGAGUAAUCGGUCACCCAUCUGAUGCUGAAGCUUGGAAGGACUUUGAUAGGGAGUUUCCAGAGUUUGCAAAAGAUGCAAGAAAUGUGAGGCUUGUAAAAUAGCUACUGAUGGUUUCAACCCUUUUAAGUUUGGAGGAUCACAAUAUUCAUGCUGGCCAAUGUUUGUAAGUCCGUUGAACCUCCCACCUGCACUUUGUAUGAGUGAGGAGAAUAGUUUUCUUACUAUGGUAAUCCCUGGUCCACAACAUCCGGGUAAGAAUUGU